AUGCCAACUUCGCGCAGUGCAGCGAAGGAGGAGGGACAGGCAACUAUAAAUGAACGACGAACUUUUCUGCGACGCAAAUCCAUACCGGAGACAGGUGUCAUCAAAGCUGAGCAGAAAUCCCUGCCUUCGGACUGGGUGAGUGAUCUGACAACACAGUUUCGACGAAAUUUGUCAAAGAAGCGACUGGAGAAGCUUGCACUAUAUCCGCAACCACGUCAAGGCAUCUCCCGAGACCGGCCCCGGAGUACUUUAGAGCACGACUCCGGACCUGCAGCCAAGUACUUCUCUUUUCUCAAGAACAUGCCGAUUGUUCCAAUGGCGCCUCAAGAUACUCAAUCCCAACGAAUGCGUAACAUGUUGAUUUCGCUAUCGUCCCUUCCUCUCAAAUGGGAGAAUCCUGGCUUACUGGAUGAAGCAUUACAGCUUGUGCCACUGCAGCGCAUUUAUGAUGAGGCACAGGAGGAAUGUGACCUUCUCACAGCCGAAGCGGCUUCUCUAGGGUCGAACAAGAAACCUGCAUGGGGCUAUCAGGAUUGCGUGAUACGAGCGCUGUUACGGUGGUUCAAACGGGAGUUCUUUUCCUGGGUGAACAAUCCGCGAUGCUCGGUUUGUCACGCGCCAACCACUGGCAAAGGGAUGGUGCCGCCGUUACCAGACGAAUCCGCACGCGGAGCGCAGCGCGUUGAACUGUAUCAAUGCAGCUCUCAGAAUUGCAUGUCAUACGAGCGCUUUCCUCGGUACAACGACGCCUUUGUGCUUCUUCAAACGAGAAGAGGUCGAGUAGGUGAAUGGGCCAAUUGCUUCACCAUGCUUUGUCGAGCUAUGGGAAGCAGAGUGAGAUGGGUAUGGAAUGCUGAAGAUCAUGUCUGGACUGAAGUCUACAGUGAUCAUCUCAGACGAUGGAUACAUAUCGACGCUUGUGAAGAAGCAUGGAAUGCCCCUCUACUCUAUACGCAAGGAUGGAAGAAGAAGUUAUCUUAUUGCAUAGCUUUCUCAGCUGACGGCUGCAACGAUGUCACCAGGCGGUAUGUUCGCAAUCCUGUCGACCAUGCGUUGGUCCGCAAUAGAUGUCCCGAGCCAGUCUUGCUGCACAUCCUUGAUGAGAUACGAUCACUGCGCCGACGGGAGAUGGCGAAGGCCGAAAUAUUUCGACUGCGCGCAGAAGAUCAGCGAGAAGAAGCAGAGCUUCGCAAGUACACCAUUGAUGCGCUGGUGACCCAUCUAGGCCGCACGUUUCAUAUCGAUUACAGCACAUUGGACGUCCGGGCAAAAUCAGACUACAUCAAGGACGGAUCGACAGCCUUGCGUGCUCGAGACGCCGCAGCCAGAUCUGAUGCAAAGCACCGAGAAGCUGAUGAGACACACGCCGACCAAGCUGCAUCUAUGUCAUCGGAUCACCAGCGGCAGGACAGAUCUGAUUGA